AUGACAAUUAAAGGCGGCACAAGCCAAGCCUGCGCUGUUUGCAAAUACCAACGCCGCCGCUGCUCGAAAGACUGCUCGUUAGCUCCAUAUUUCCCCGCCGAUCAACCGAAGAUGUUCCAAAACGCCCACCGUCUCUUCGGCGUGCGCAAUAUAAUGAGAAUUCUAAAACAAGUUCAUCCGUCGCAGAAAGACGAGACGAUGACUUCAAUUAUCUACGAGUCGAACAUGCGAUCUAGGUUUCCGGUUCAUGGUUGUUGCGGUGUCAUAUGGCAAUUACAUUAUCAAAUACAACAAGUUGUCGAAGAGCUUCGACAAGUUAAAACUAGGGUAGAUAUGGUGAAGGAACAGUAUAAUCAAAUGAACAACGUCGGGAUCGUGGAAGGAAUUGGCGGAAGCAACGACGGCGUUUAUCCGAUUUAUACACAGCAGCAGCAACAACAACAACCGUACAAUUCGGGAUUACUUGUAAAUCAAGCAACAGAUGGGAGUGAUUUAUUAUUUGGAAAUUUAAACAAUGGAGGAAUUUUUGUUGAUAAUGAUGAUAAUAAUGGAUUGAUGUUGAAGGAAUUGAGAAUUCAACAACAUUACAAUGAUAAUUAUGGGAUUAAUAUUAGCAAUGUUGAUUCAAUGAUGAUGCAAUCUAAUUUGAUACCGGCAGUUCAAGGUUACCCUUUGCAACAAGAGAUGGAAAUUUCUCAUGAUUAUGAUGAAAUUCCAUUUGACACAAUUGCAGAUGAUCGACAAUCGUAUAUUGAAUCUAAAGAAGCAUGCGACUCUAGUGCGGAAUCGACGCUCAAAGAUGUAUCAGAAACAUCAGCUGAAUAUGUUUCUAGGACCGACCUCAAGAACGCUGCAGCUUGCUUUAGUCUAACAAGCCAUGUCAAAUAA